AUGACGCAAGCAAAGGAGGUGGUGACGGCAGCACUGGAGGCGGGAUGGGGGACGGUGGUGGUGGACGGCGCGGCGGAAGAAGGGGAGAGCGGAGCGGGGAAGAAGGGGAAGCGCAAGGGCGGGAAGGACGGGGAGGAGAUGGUGGAGUGGGAGUUCGACUUGAAACGUCAUUCCGUCACGCAGCGUCACUCCCCGGCACCUCCAACCCACCUCCCGUUCCACCUCCCCACACCGCCCCGCGUCCUUCCCCUCCUCCCCCCUCCUCUCGCCCCCAGUCGCCACCCGUUGCCGCGCGGCAGAACUGGGUUGCGCGUGGUGACGCGGAGAGACGCGGCGGUGUACGGUGCGGGGGGGAGCGCGGCGGCGGACGCGGCGGUGUACGGUGCGGGGUUGGCGGCGUGGGUACGCGUGGCGAGCGCGGCGGAGCAGGAGGCGAUGUGCGCGCUGGCGGGGCGGGAGGACGUUGUGGUCAUGGACGCCGCGGACUGGAAGGUGCGCGCCGUGUGA